AUGCCUAAGGACUCUAUCAUUACUGUCUCUGGACAACCGAGUUCAAGUUCACAACUUUCACCGCAGAGCUCUGAAAAAACACAACUCAGUCUUGCUCAAAAGUUGCUCUCAAGUGUUGUUAUUUUUCCUCUCGGUGAAAUUGUCAAACUUCGUGAUGUUGGAAUUAAUGAUCCAUUGGAAUUCCCAUUGGCACUUGAUCAACUGCUGAACUUGGAAAUGGCAUUUAAUGUCAAGUGGCAGCCGCGUUGGAAAAAUUGUUCUGUUGUGAUUCUCUUUAGGGACGAGCCUUUUAUCAAGCAGCUUAAGGCUCCAUGGGACAUAGUCGAGGAUCUCGAGAUCAUUUCUAAGCAUAACCUGAAUCCAAUAACACCUACUGGUAAGAGACACUUUCCAGGUGUUCAAGUGAAUCAACAACCUCAGAAGGCUUAUGUGAUGGAGAGAUCUCUUCUGACAAGCUUAAGAAGAUAA